AUGAAGCCUCUUUCAUCAAUCGCGUGCCUCCUAGGUACAGCAGCUGCCGCGGUCGACAUUCUGUUGCCACUUUAUAUCUACCCUAUCAACGAUCUCCAGAAGCCUUACGAUGGGACCGUGGACUGGCAAGCAGCUAUUGCUGCCAUCGACGCUCACCCGGAUUUGACAUUCAACGUCAUCAUCAACCCCAAUAGCGGCCCUCCCUUUGCUUUUGAGGAUGGCAUCAAGAUUGACUGGGCCCAGUGGAUUGGCCAAAUUAACAACCGUCCCAACACUGUGACCUUGGGCUACAUCUCGACCCUCGGUACAGUACAAGCCCAGCCCCAGGACAUCGCCGUCGUCAAGCAAGGGGUCGACACCUACGCCGCGUGGGAUACUACCAACGGUUGGGACGGCAACUCUUGGGACAUUCACAUGGACGGUAUCUUCUUUGACGAGGUCAACACCGCUCCCGCCCAGCUUCAGUACUACACUGAUAUCACCAACUAUGCCAAGUCCGCUACCGGUGUGGUGGUUCUCAAUCCUGGUGUGGCCGUAAAUCCCGCCAGCUCCUCGCUAUAUACCGUGGCCGAUGCCAUCCUGUCGCUGGAGACGUGCUACACGGCCGACCCCGAUGCGCCACAGGAUCGGUGUCCGAGAAACACGUACACGCCGUUUACUCCCGCGUCGUUGAGCUCGCUGCCGACGGACGCUACACAGAGAGCCAAAUCUGCGGUCUUAGUACACGACUUUUAUGACGAUUGGCAGCCUUAUCAACCUGCGCCUUUGGCGACUCUCCAGGCGGACAUCAAUGCUAUUGUUGCGCAGGGUGUACAUAGCCUGUACAUCACACAGUGGGGGUACAAUGAGAGCUUCACGCGGGAGCCGGCCAGUGUCGGGACCGUCUCGAACUUGCUGGCGCUGGCUCAGGGUUUGGGAUCUGGCGUGCCUCUGUGA